GGCCAGGGGGGAACGCCAGCACCCAGGACCGCAUUACGGAAACGGCCCAGGGCUUGGCAGCCUUCAGAUCCGGGGAUGGAGGGAGCCGGAGAAGAGGAGUGAGGAGGCCGGGGAGGCAGGCCCUGCUGACCUCCUGAGGCAGGCAGCCUGCUGGCAGUGAAGGGCCAGGCCGCCAGGAAAAAAAAAAGGGAGCAGGAGGUCGAGCUGUGGCUUUGAAAGCUCAGCUUCCUUCGGAGAGAGAGCUGCAGGCUCUUGCUAGUUCAGGGCUCGGGCCUGGUUCGGGUUUUCGACCAGGAAACAAAAAUCAAUUCUCUGGUGGGAAAAGUGAAUGAGUCAGAGCCCAGACUCAGGACAGGGCUUAAACACUCCAAAAACCAAGUUAGGGGUAGAAGUAAAGCCCUCUUAAGCCCUCUAGGGCAGCUCACAGAUUAAGGCUGGGCAGGGGGCUUCAGAUCCUCCCCUAGUGCAGUGGGAUUGGCGAGUCAGACGCUUGUAGAUCGAAGGUUGGAUUGGGGAGGGGUCUCUGGGUCGUUGGUUUGCUCAGCAAGGAUUGGGGGGAUUCAGGUGCUUAGAGAUCGAAUUCAGGCCUUGGGUAGGGGGAGUCAGACAAUUGGAAAGCCUAGGUGGUUAUUUGGGGAGGGGUCUUCGCGUUUGGUGGAGAGCAUAGCUGAGCUUUUACAGCACUCAGGCCUGGGAUCUCGUCCAGAGGGGCGUCUGUGAAAGGGUGGGCCAGCCAGGCCAGACCAAGAGGGAGAAAGUGAAUAAAUCGGACUCUGAGUGGGUGGGGGGCACCCUGAGAGGGGGGUCACAAAGGGUGAGCCAUGGCCACCAGGCGUUUAACCGACGCUUUCUUGUUGUUGCGGAAUAAUUCCAUCCAAAACCGGCAGCUGUUAGCCGAGCAAGUGAGUAGUCACACCACCUCCAGCCCUCUGCAUUCACGUAGCAUUGCUGCGGAGCUGGACGAGCUUGCCGACGACCGCAUGGCGCUGGUGUCAGGCAUUAGCUUAGAUCCAGAAGCAGCCAUUGGCGUGACAAAACGGUCCCCUCCAAAAUGGGUGGAGGGCGUGGAUGAAAUACAGUACGAUGUCGGCCGGAUUAAGCAGAAGAUGAAAGAAUUAGCCAGCCUGCAUGACAAGCAUCUAAACAGACCUACCCUGGAUGACAGCAGCGAGGAGGAGCACGCCAUUGAAAUAACCACCCAGGAGAUCACCCAGCUCUUCCACAGGUGCCAGCGUGCCGUGCAGGCCCUGCCCAGCAGAGCUCGAAGGGUCUGCUCAGAGCAGGAGGAGCGGUUGCUGCGGAACGUGGUGGCCUCCCUGGCGCACACCCUGCAGGAGCUCUCCACCAGCUUCCGGCACGCACAGUCUGGCUACCUCAAACGCAUGAAGAAUCGAGAGGAAAGAUCCCAGCAUUUUUUUGACACAUCAGUACCACUAAUGGAUGAUGGAGACGGUAAUGCUCUGUACGAUCGGGGUUUCACGGAUGACCAGCUGGUGUUGGUGGAGCAGAAUACACUGAUGGUGGAAGAGAGGGAGCGAGAGAUCCGCCAGAUUGUGCAGUCUAUUUCUGACCUGAAUGAAAUCUUCAGAGACUUGGGAGCCAUGAUUGUAGAGCAGGGUACGGUCCUCGAUAGAAUUGACUAUAACGUGGAGCAGUCCUGUAUCAAAACUGAAGAUGGCUUGAAGCAGCUUCACAAGGCAGAACAGUACCAAAAGAAGAAUCGGAAGAUGCUUGUGAUUUUAAUAUUAUUUGUCAUCAUCGUUGUCCUCAUUGUUGUCCUCGUUGGUGUGAAGUCUCGCUAGUGACCUUGGGUUCGCUGUGUGCCACCUCAUGGAUUCCCUCACAUGGGGGCUCAGCCGCACCCACCUGCUGCAUGCCAAGGUGCAGCCAGCGGGCUGGGGCACGGCGGCGAAGCUUCCAUAGAGUCCUCCUCGCUGUUGUGCUCCAGGGAGGGGAAGGGGCCUUUGGUUUUUGUUUCCAUCACUGUCAAGUCUUUAAGGACCCUUGACACUGUUGCAGAAUAGAGAUUGGUUCUGUGAUCAACUAUAAUAGAUAUAUAUAUAUAUAUAUAUAUUUUUUUUUUUUUUGGAAAGUGAAAACGAGUUGCAAGUUUACAGGCACUGCUGAAGCUGCUCAGUGCUAUGUGUGUGGAUGCUAUUUUUUUAGCAGUUAUGUCUGAGCAGCAUGCUAAAAUAAUUUUUGGAAAAAAAUUUUUAAGCCAUUUGAUUUUUAAGAAAUUUGGUACCAAAAAUUUAUGAGUAGAGGCAAAAAUGCCUCUUCAUUUUUCUCUAUAUAUUUUCCAGUUGAAAACAAACUAAGAAGUCCUUUCAGAAUUUAUAAUGCGUUCUCCAUUAACUUAAUUUAGCUUUUCCAUCACUGUUAAUGAUCAGAGUAACAAAGUGUGAAAAAUAAGAAACCAUCAUUGAUGUUAAUUAACACAUAUAGAUGGGCCAGUUAAAACAGCUUCAUAAGUUUAAAUUAAUUGUAAAUAGAGUAUUCCUCACUGAAAUCCCUUGCACUGCAUUUCCACUGUAUACCGAAAGGGGUUACCAAGCAAAAGCAUCAGAAUUUGGAAGUUGGUGAUUUGAACCAACCUCACAUUAAAGGAGAGCUUGAUCGUGUCACAGAGUCACCAGACUGAGCAAGUGUGCCUCUCUGGGUGUCCCCAGCCACCUCUCCUCAAUCCACUGCUAACUACAUACUGACCUGUUCAGACCAGACUCCAUUUAAUGAACUGUGAAUUGACACAGAGGCCAUUUUCAAUGGGUUACCCCAUUUAGGAUUAGUGGGUCUCAAAUUAUUAACCAAACAUCACUCCAUUUCAAUGUAAAAUGUUUCACCAGUGAUUUGAUUUAUUGGCCUUCCAUUGCCACUUAGCAGUGCCCAGAAAGUAGGCAUACUCCUGACAAUCUGGACUGGAAAGUCCUCUUGCGCGAGCAUGGGUUGCCAGCGCAGGCCCCCCGCUUACCUCCCUCUUAUCACUGCUGUGGUGCUUGAGUCUGUUCUUGGACCUGUAUUGUGGGGAGUGAUGAUCCCUUUGCAAAUGGCAGUUGUUCAUGUCUCAUUUGCCCUGUUUGAGUUGAUAUCAGUAUAAUUUUGGUGGCUUUUGUGUAAUUUUUGAUGGCUUUUUCAUUGUUUCUGCUCCUCUUAAAAAAUUUAAGACGAGCGUGACCCCAUUAAAUGUGUUACAUUGUAUGUAGGCCAGUCACAUCAAUGGCCUCUUCAAGAAUUGCUUCUGAAGUAGCUUCCAGAAACUUCCGCUCAAGUCAUCUGAACAGACCGUGUCUUGACCCAAGCUUCCCACCUUGUACCCGCCUCCGGCAGCCUCCUGCCGGCUCACUGCUGCAGGCUGAGAGCGCGGAGAGCCCAGAGAAGUGCCCAGCAUUCCUGGGUGGACAUGGGUCAGCAAAGAAGUGCGGAGAAGUCAUUUCCUCCUUCACCUCUGAAGGGGGGCCUGCGGAGUUGGACUGUGACUUAGGGAACUCACCUGAAAAACAGUUCAUGGAGGUCAUGCUGGGUAACAGAAGUUUCUGAAAACACCUGGUCUUACCAACCCUCAAAGGAAAUUGAUUCUUUAAGAGAGGACCAACAUUUAUUUAUAUAUAUUUCCCCAAAUAGAGUAAUUUGUGUUGCUUUGCCCCAAAACCCAACCGGGUAACAUAAAGGAUCAGAUUAGAAGUGUUUGAAGAAGCUUGUGUGAGGGCAGGGGAACUGGCCUCGCGCAGCAGUGACUGGUGCUGUGGGAUGGGAGACACAUGGGCCAGCCUGGAGCGGGCCCAGAGCCUAUGCCUGAUCUGCUGGGGUCUUUAAGCCACUGUACUUUUCUUUUGAGCCUGUAUUUGGGGGAAGACUAGUAGCAUUUGAGAAAGUAAAGGAAAAUGGAUAAUCAUGUCCUGGUACCUCAGGGUAAUUCCCCCUGAAAGAGAUGGGGUCCUUGGCCUGCCCAUAGGCAUGCCCUUUCGUCCCUGCUGGCUGCGGAGGUGACAAUCACCCAGGCCAGACUCUCCACUGGCCUGGGACCGCCCUCCAGGAAGGGGCCUGGCACAGGUGGCCCUGCUUUGGGCACCUGGGCCUAGCCCCAGAGCCCCGUCCCUUCGUAAGAGUCCUGGCUCCUGUCCCUGGAGCAGGCAUGCUCAUGCGCAUUGUGCAAAGCCCUGGUCCUUGCCGAGGCUGCACCUGGAAACUGCUGUCUGUUCUUCCGCUCGGGGUGGGUGGUGUGCUGGCCAGGCCACGUUGCGUGAAGCCGUGUGUGUCUCUAAUUUAACGGAUUUACCACUUUCUCUGCUAAUUGAGAAAGCAUUAUUUAUUUGUUUUGACACAAGUGCUUGCAGUGUUUUAUCCCAGUUAAUGGCUUCUUAAAGGUAAUAAAACCCUUCAACCUAAUUGGUCAGAUAAGACUUUUUUCUUAUAUGCUUAAAUAAAGCAAUUAGUGAAGCACUUCUACCCAAAAUGACUUUUUUUGUCCUUUUUAAAAAAUUAAUUUACUUUUACUGGAAACUUUUUGUACAAUAAAGCAAUCAUGCAGAUUAAAGAA